CGAGAGUUGAUUUAGCUUAUAGUUUUCAUAAAAAUCAAGAACCAACAUAGCCAUGUCUAUCAUAUUGAUGCUUGUUGGAGUAUUAUUAUCUUCCACUGCAUUCGAAUUUACGGGUGCACAAUCUGUUGGUGUUUGUUAUGGAGCAAAUGGAAAUAAUCUACCAACAAAACAAGCAGUGGUGGAUUUAUACAAAUCAAAAGGAAUUGGUAAAAUCCGUCUAUACAAUCCAGAUGAAGGAGCACUUCAAGCUCUCAAAGAUUCAAACAUAGAAGUAAUCCUAGGUGUCUCAAAUGAUGCCCUCAAUUCUCUUACAAAUGCCCAAUCCGCCACUGAUUGGGUCAACAAGUACGUAAAAGCCUAUUCUCCAAAUGUCAAAAUCAAAUAUAUUUCGGUUGGUAACGAAAUUCAUCCAGAUUCACCUGAAGCCAAUUCAGUUCUUCCAGCAUUACAAAACAUUCAAAACGCAAUAUCUUCAGCCAAUUUAGGACAAAUCAAAGUGUCUACCGCAAUCGACACGACACUAAUCGGAAAAUCUUACCCACCAAACGACGGUGUUUUUAGCGACGCUGCAAGUGGUUACAUAAAACCUAUUGUUAACUUUUUAGUUAGCAACGGUUCACCACUUCUUGCAAAUGUGUACCCUUAUUUUUCAUAUGUUAAUAACCAACAAAGCAUUGGUCUUGACUAUGCUCUGUUUACUAAACAAGGAAAUAAUGAAGUUGGGUACCAAAACUUGUUUGAUGCAAUAUUGGAUUCAAUUUAUGCUGCUCUUGAGAAAGUAGGAGGUUCUAAUGUGAAGAUUGUUGUGUCUGAAAGUGGGUGGCCAUCUCAAGGUGGAACUGGAGCUAGUGUUGGAAACGCACAAACUUAUUAUGGAAACUUGAUUAAGCAUGCUAAGGGUGGGACACCAAAGAGGCCUAAUGGACCUAUUGAAACUUAUCUUUUUGCUAUGUUUGAUGAAAAUCUGAAGACAGAUCCUGAAACCGAACGAUAUUUUGGUCUCUUUAAUCCUGACAAAUCACCUAAAUAUCAACUUAAUUUCAAUUAAGAAAUAUCGAGAGGUGAUUAUGUAUAAUAAUAAACUUGAUGUAACUUGCAAUAGCCAAUAACUAAGGGUACAUUGUGCCCUUUUGGUUACUUUUAGAUGUUUGCAUCAAUGAAUAAUGAUAUGUAUUGUAUACUCACA